AUGCUUAUGGGCGAUGGAUUACUACGGGUAUUCUGGCCAUACGACCUUCCUCGGUCCUCAUCCCCGGGGGUAAUUAUUGGAUGGAGAAACUCCGAAUUGGAUUUGUUUGUGCUCACGGUGCUGGAGGAUGUCGAGCCUCGGAAUGUCGAUAAUGCCCUGCGAGCCGGGAUUUUGUUCCGCAACAGCCCCCACCCCAUCGCGAGGAUUUUCGCACUGUGUGGCAGGUCUAUGAUGCAUGUUCUGGGAUCGACCAAUUCUCCGGAUCCGCCAACGGCAUUCAACACGAGUCAUCUCUAUGUGACAACGCAUCCGUCAUGUAGAGUUCCGCGGAUUUACUGUCCACCGGAGGCGAACAUAUCCGUCCAGGUGAUCAUGUUCCAACGACCGCAUCCCACCAGGAUGGAGUACAUGUCCCUAGAUCCGAUCUCUCUCGCUCUCGGCGAUAAAGUGUUUCCUGCUAACUCAGAUGCGGUACCCGAUACCAUUGACGCUGGAGAGGAGCGGGAUAAAGCUCUACGUGGCAAGCUAGUUGAGAAGCUCAAAUUACACACGGUCGUCAAGCACAUGCCUUCACCGAAAGAACAAGCUCUGCCCCUAAUCAUCAACCAAGUCAAUUGCGCAUACGAAAUGGGGAAGCUCAUGGACAAGAAUAGCCACCUGAUUGGGAUUCGCAUCAAGAGAAGUAUGAGCGUAUCCGAACGGGUGGUCGAGUCCGCAACAACCCUAUGGGAUUUCUUCGUACUCGGUGUUUCCUAUGUAUUCUGGCAGUGGCUGUGGCCGGUGAUCACCCGGAUAUUCGUGAUCGGCCUCGUCUUCCAUCGGACGAUUGCCGAGGUGGUCUUGCAGGUCUUGGAGUGGCGCGCGCGUCCUGAUGCGGCAGCGUUGAAAGAUAUUUCUGCAACGGCCCAACAGGUUGAUAUUCGCCUUCAACAAUUUUGCUAUUGGCCCAUCCAGUAUGUUAAGCUUCGGCAGAGGAAAGACGACUGGGAGAGUGUGACGACGAGCCACCCAGAUUACAUUCGAUUCUACAACAGCUUGUGGCUCGUUGCCAACGAUGUAAUUAUCGGAAUUGCACUAGGGUCCUACAUCAUUGACAAUGCAAAUUGGGUGGCUUUCCAGAUCAACAACGUCCUCACUGGCUGGACAGUGGAAGGGUUACAGCGGACCAUUUCGUGGUUGAUGGAUUGGCCGGCUGGUUUGAAGCUUAACAACGAGCUUGCUGCCUUUUUGGGUGAUUUGUUUCUGUGGGUCAUUGAGAAUUGGGCGGCCUGCAUUGCCAAUCUCCAACCUUACCUUCCUCACGUCAUUUAUGUUGUUGGAUGCUCGAGUUUCGCCGGCGCGAGCAUGCCAAUUGCCCUCUUUUCCGAUCUCGUUUCCAUCCUGACUGUGCAUAUUUAUUCGUUCUAUAUUGCAUCAGCGCGCAUCUUUAAUUGGCAGCUUACCAUUAUCGUCUCUCUAUUCCACCUCUUCCGUGGGAAGAAGCGCAAUGUUCUUCGUCAUCGAAUUGACUCGUGUGACUAUGACCUGGACCAACUUCUUUUGGGAACAAUUCUGUUCACGGUUCUCUUCUUCCUUCUACCCACGGUAGUGGUAUUUUAUCUGACGUUCGCAUCCGCGAGGAUGUUGAUCAUCUCGCUGAAGGCAGCGCUGGACACAUGGUUGGCUUUUCUCAACCACUUCCCUCUUUUCGCGUUGAUGUUGCGUUUAAAGGACUCGCGAAGGCUGCCAGGUGGCAUCCACUUCGAACUCCGCGAGGCGCAGGAUAAGACUCCUAAUCCAAGCUCCUCCGAGACCAUGCCUUUCAUCCAUCUUGAGUCAAUACCCCUUUCUCUUCGGGCCAUGUUCGACCAGUACUUCCAACUUGGCCACCGUCUUCGCAAACACUAUCUUUCUCCGCGGGUGAUAUUCUGCCUGUUCACCGGCCGUUUCGUGCCUCCCAUUCAUCGCCGCAAUUUAUACAGCAUGCAGUACAGCAUGCUUCCCGCUCGUCGGGCCGGUAUGGCGGAGGUCUGGUCUCUGCUGACCCAGCCUCGAAAAUCCAGUAGUGGCAGCAGUGGGUCUUCUUCGAUGACUGGGAUCGGUGCAGGCGUCAACGGCAUACCCAAGGUCCCGCCAGGGUUUGCUCAUGGAGACGCUCGGCGACGAGGGCAUCGCUAG